CACUGAUCGACCGCUACGACUCGUAUGAACUGAACCAAGCGUUAUAUCAAGCAUUCAUUGGUGCUGGCGCACAGCAGCCACAAAACAUUCGUGAUCAGCAGUGCAAGCACCAGCAAAAGGUUGUGUUUGGUUAUAAGUACUUCGAAGACAAUUUGUUGUCUUUCAAAUAGGCCAUCCAUGGCCAGCAUCAUGCAUUAGUCUCGUUGAAUUAAUUCUAAAAAGUAGCCAGCAACCUGGGGAUUGCUUGUAAGUGACUGCUUUUUUUUGUCGGCAACCAACGCGUAUUUUAUAAAAAAGGCCAUAAAAAUGGCCAGCACUCUGCUGGAACAAACAAGAGCUGCGCACGAGGAGUGCGAGCGUCUGCAGCGCCAGAUCGUCAGAGACUUCAAGAGCGAUGUCAAGGGGCACAGGGAGAAGCUUGCACAGGGGCACAGAGUCAGGAAGAUGCUCAAUGAGCUCCAGGCGCAGUCACAGAAGCUGGUGAGGAUCUACGAGGAUGAGUCUGGAGCCCGCAAGGAGGAGAUUGCAGCACUUAGAGGAGAAGACAACACAGGUUUCAGGGCGUUCUACGAGCGGUUGAACGAAGUGCGGGUCUACCAUCUGCGGUAUCCGGACCUUGAGGUCGUAGAGGCUGUACCAGAAGAAGAGGCACUGAAGGAGCAGGUGGAGGUGCCAUUCAGUGGGGAGGAGGUUGGAGGGCGCUGCAUGGACAUGCACACGCACUACCAUGCCUUUGUCAACUCCAAAUUUGGCAGGCAGUGCGACUAUGUGGAGUACCUGGUCACCUUUGGGGCCGUGGACGAGAUCUCCCGGCAGCACCGUCUCAGCAAACCUUACAGGGAGUAUCUGGAGGGCUUGCUGCGCUAUCUGGAGUCCUUCCACGAGCGCACACAGCCGCUGGGCUCACUGGAGAAGGUGUACGCCAAGCUGGCGGACUUUGAGGUGCUGUGGGAGGCCGGCCAGGUGCCCGGCUGGGCAGACCGCGGGCAGGGCACCGCCGGAGAGGACGCCGCUUCUGUCAUCGACGUGGCCGCCUUCGCCUCCGUCGAGGAGCUGGAGACCCUGGGCCCGGAGCGGCUGAAGGAGGCGCUGGCGGCGCUGGGGAUGAAGAGCGGAGGAACGCUGCGGCAGCGCGCGGAGCGCCUGUUCCUGACUCGCGACACGCCCCUCGCGCAGCUGGACCGCAAGCACUUUGCCAAGGGCGCCGCACCCGCCGCCGUGCGCAGUGCCGAUGAGAACGCGCGCAUCUCCGCCACCGCCCACGACACCGCCCUGCUCGAGGCGAAGGUGAAGCUGUGGGCGGAGGUGUUAGCAAGCGUGAUUGAGGACACAAAGGGAUAUGUGGAGAAGAAGCAGGCAUCGACCUAUGAGGAGAUCGUGGCAGAGCAGGAACAGAAGGCUGAGGAGGAUGCGGCAGCUGAGGACAGCGAUGAGGAGGAUGACUUUGUGUACAACCCCCUGAAGCUACCCCUGGGCUGGGACGGCAAGCCCAUCCCCUACUGGCUCUACAAGCUCCACGGCCUCAACCAGGAGUUCACGUGCGAGAUCUGCGGCGGGAUGAGCUACUGGGGUCGGCGCGCGUUUGAGCGGCACUUCAAGGAGUGGCGCCACCAGAACGGCAUGCGUGCGCUGGGCAUCCCCAACACCAAGACCUUCUUUGAGGUCACGCAGAUGAAGGACGCCCUCGAGCUCUGGACCUCCAUCAAGGAGCGUGAGGUGGGCGGCUUCAAGGCAGAAGCAGAGGAGGAGUAUGAGGAUGCAGAGGGCAAUGUGUACAACAAGCGCACCUACGAGGACCUCAAGCGCCAGGGGCUCAUCUGA